CCAGUUUACUGGGUCGACCCCGUGGAAUCCUCCUUCGGGUCAUCGUCACUCCAGCGAAAAUCUGCCCACCGCGGAGGCCGUUUCUUCACGACCUUUGUAGGCCCUGCCCGGUGUCUCGGCAGGCCAGCCAUUGACUUUGUCGUUAGGAGUGUGAGCUGCAGCUGCCAGUGAGGUUUGACUCCAGAAUCUACUGUAUCCACUAGUAGUUCAAGCACCAUGUUUUCUUCAGUAUUAAAUGAUACUACUGCUGCUACUGAAUUCUCAUUUACUGCAUCAACGACGACCAGCAGUACUGUUACUACCACCACUACUACCACAGCAAUCAGUGAUUUCACAAUGACUUCAAAACCACUGGUUUCAGCUGGGAUUAAUAACGAUGAUCUCUCUGAUGGUGCUUCCAUGCCUUCUACCUCGAUCGUUAAUGCAAUUGUAACUCCACUGAUGACAUAUGGUCAGUUUGAUGGUCUGCUGAAUAAGUGGAAUCUUGCACUAGAGGAUCAAGAGAAGCAAUUCCUCCAUCAGGUCAACCAGGUCAAUGCUUGGGAUCGUACACUAAUGGAUAAUGGUGAGAAGAUUGCUCUCUUACAUGGAGAAGUGGAAAAAGUGAAACAGGAUCAGAAAAGACUAGAAAAUGAACUGGAUUUUGUCCUAUCACAGCAAAAGGAACUAGAAGAAAUCCUGAUUCCUUUGGAGGAAUCUGUAAAUCAGCAGAGUGGGGCUGCUUCUCAGCAGAGCACAGAUGAGGAACAUGAGAGGACCUACCAAUCAGCAGAAACUAUUGAUGCUCAAUUGAAACAAAUGACUCAAGAUCUCAAGGAUGUUAUAGAGUACCUGAAUUCUUUUGCAGGCCCUGCUAACACUACUGAUCCGCUCCAGCAGAUCUGCAAAAUUCUGAAUACUCAUAUGAACUCUUUACAGUGGAUUGAUAAGAAUUCAGGCAUUCUGCAAAGAAAGGUAGAAGAGGUAACCCAGAUUAUGGAGAAUCAUCAGUUUAUGGAGCAGAAACGUAGAGCCAGGAUGUCUUUUGACUGAAUUGCAAUUAUCUUCAGCAUGUUUUCAGAUUAUACAUUACUGACAAACUUUGAUGGUGUUAUGUGGAGUGGUAUUUAUGGUUACUGUUUUAUGUUCGGUUACAAAAAUGUGUGUUCCCUUUCAGUUUAAAUAUUGUGCUAUUGAGAACUGUACUGUAAUUGGACUUUUAGUGGUGGACUUUUAGUAUUUGAAAAUCAAAGCUGUGUUUGCCCAUUGGCCCAGGGCGCAAACUACUAGAUGUUAACUUUUGUGUGUGCAGUUUGAAACUUACACUUAGAGUCCAUAUUUUACUGCCAGUACAAAUUGUCCUUCUCACUAAUGGUUAGAUGAUAGAAAAAUAUUUUGCCAAAAAUAAAUGCCAGAGAUGGCUUACCCAGUGGAGUGUACCCUACCAUGCAUGAGGCCUGGGUUUGAGCCCCCUAAGCACAUUAUAGAAGCAGCAUUUAUAGGGGAAGCUUUACAAAUAGUGAAGGCUUUUCACCCUCUAUCUGAAAAUAACACCACCUAUAUAAACAUAUCUGCUGUUGGGAGUGGUAAAAUUAUACAUGCAUGAAGCCCCAGUGAAACCCCGGUAAAUAAGUAAAUGCCAACCAGUCUUUAUUGGGUGCCUACUACAUUCAAUGUUUAAUGCAAACUCUCUUUCCUCAAAAGAACUUAUUGUCUGGUUUGAAGUUGAAUAAUGCCUGUCUGUAUGAAAACAAUACAAACAAUACAAGAAUGAUUCACAGGUGUGUGCUAUAGGAAUUCACAGAACGGAAGAAAAACUAAAAGGGUUGUUGUGGGGAUCUGAAUAGGUAACUUUAAAAAGAGUGAAAUUUAGGCAAUUCAUUUUUAUGUGAAGAUAGUCUGGCAUUUUAUUUGGCAUUAACAUAUGUUUUAAUUGUUGAUCUUUGUACGUAUAUUUUUCACAAAAAACUUGUUCUUAAGUUGAGAACAGUUUAUUCCUUUGUUUUUCAUAUUUUACUGAUGUCACAGUUAUGUUUUGAAAAAUAAAAGUCUAAUACCAAAAUAAA